AUGGAGUUAGCAGAUAGAGCAGUUGGGCUUCUGUUGUCUCUCAUCAGCUUAUCUAUCUUUACAUACUUUACCUUCUGGGUUAUCAUCCUGCCAUUUGUAGACAAUGGUCACUUCGUUCACCAAUAUUUCUUGCCUCUGGAGUAUGCCAUUAUCAUACCGGUAUUUGCUGGCGUAGCCCUUCUCUCAUUACUGUCUCUGUUCGUUGGCUCUGUGAUGCUGAAAUCCAGGAAGAAGAACAAGAAGGCUUGA